AUGAUAAACAGCCAUUUUGUUGUUGUUGUUAUUGUUGUCCAAUACUUUGUGGUUAAGGUUAGCCUGAGACACAGUUCUGGUGCUCGGAACAGCAAUAGCAACAAAUUUCAUCAUCCACCACAAUUCUGGGCCCUCACAACCCAGGCACAUCCAGUGUUAACGUCUGGCACAACAACAAAGAUAGCAACAAGAAAAACAGCCAACAACCUUCCUGGCGAGAAUAUUUCCAAGAAGAAAAGCCAUUCACCCACCCACACACAGUUUGUCAUGGUAUUGUUAAAGGCUUUGUUUGGAGCUCUCAACGACAACAACAACAUCAACAACAAAAAAAGCAAAUGGCUAAAGUGGACAUCAGUUCCUUUGUGUGCACCCGGUGUUGCUAAAUUGAGUUGGUCAACGGUAGCGCCACUGACCGAAGUUGUUGGUGGUGGCGGUGGAUUUGUAAACAUGUACGAAAAUUCCUGCUCAUAUCAGACGGCUCUGGACCUGAAGCGAGUGUCACCGCCGACACUGGCCCAGGUCAAGACCGAGGAUUGUAUAACCUUGGGUCAAUGUUCACCCGACUGGACAUCAUAUCGUUUUCAUCAAUCCACAUUCGAGCAGCUGAAACAGAGUGUGGAGAAGGCCAAAGCGGCACUGCAGGAUCGUAGUACAUUUUUUGGGGCGUCCAGUGCGUUUAGCGACAUCUAUUCAAGUCAACGCCUCAGCGAUACCCUGGACACCCUACCCUCCGUACAGAAUAGCAAUACGGCUGCGAAUUGUAUAGGCCUGCCGGUCCAUAACUCCGGAUCUGCCGGCAUUAGCCAUAGUACACCGAGCUUAGUUCUAAAUGGAAAUUGUAUUUCCACCGUUUCGGCGGCAACAACGGGUCAACGUUAUCGUCUGGAUACCCUACAACCGGCCGGUUGUUCACCGCAUCAUCCGCAACAUGGUGUGAUAACAUCGAGUUCCACGCCAUCGUCGUUGACCACAACAUCGUUGCUGGAUACCUCGCAUGUCGAAAGCAAAGGAAGGGGUGAGUGUGAAAGGGAUUUGAAUCUAGAAGGGCAGUUUUAG